GCUGGGGUGGGUGCUGCCCUGUAACCCAGUGGUUGGGGGUGUGAGGCCUAGAAGAGCCUGGUAUCUUGAAUAUGUGGGUCGAGGCAGCCGUAGGAUAGUCGGUUGAUAGCAUUGGGGCAGCAGGUUUUCGUUUAUAUCAGCUUCCAAAAAAUCCCAAUGGGUUCUCAUUUUUCAUGAGUAAGUUUGAUUUGUUUUCUGAUGGUCGUGAGAUCGCUUCAGGAUUCUGGGGGCUUCUUGCCACUCACUGUAGGCUUCUCUGAUGUAGUUAUAUUCAUAGAUCUGUGGCGGUUCGAUGACAGAACGUCACGGUUGGCUGGUGUUGGAAGUAGAGGGUGGGAUAUCAAGUGUCCUACUAGUGAGGUGGCUAGCUGGUAGGAUGGAAAUAGGGUACAGCAGCAGCGGAGAUGGUGGCUCUGCUGCAGUAAGUCUUGCCGGAGUGAGGUACGAGGAUGGAUGGGGGGUUCUGGGACAUUCUCUGAACUUUUGCUUACAGAAAGUGGAUGACGAGGACCAAGAGGAGGAGGAGGAGGAGGAGGAGGAGGAGGAGGAGGUGGAAUGGGAUGAAGACGUCGACGACGGAGGUAAUGAUAAUGACGGGGAGAAGAGGGAUGACGAGGACAAAGGCGAGGAGGAGGAGGAGGAGGAGGAGGAGGAGGAGGAGGAGGACGAAGACGUGGAGGACGACGAAGACGACGAGGUGGACGAGGGGGAGGAGGGGGAGGAGGGGGAGGAGGACGACGACGAGGAGGAGGAGGACGAAGACGAGGAGGACAAGGACGAUGAAGACAUGGAGGAGGAGCGGGAGGAGGAACAAGACGUCAAGGAGGAGGAGGAGGAGGAGGAGGAAGACGUGGAGGAGGAGGAGGAGGAGCGGGAGGAAGACGAAGCCGUAGGAUAGAGGACGACGGUGUAGGAGGAAGACCAUGACGACGAAACGACGAGAGAGAGAGAGAGAGAGAGAGAGAGAGAGAGAGAGAGAGAGAGAGAGAGAGACCUGCUUGCGCUGCUCCGCGCUGCGCCCUUGCUGCGGCCGCUGUCAGCCAUGCUGCACGUGGUCCACGUCUGCUCGUUGCCUGCUGUGCCGGCCACGUUGCCUGCUGUGCCGGCCACGUUGCCCUGCUUCUUCCUCCCUCGGGCGAUGGCGGCAGUCCCGGGUGUGCAUACAUUCGAAUGUCGUAUUGGGAGGGGCGGCCGGCCGAAAUCACAGACGCAGGACUUCGAAAUGUAAGCCCGCUUCCACUUCCAGCCCGCCAAAACGCCUGAACCCCAUUCAAAC